AUGGCUGCUCCAGAUUCAGCUGUAGCUUUGCCGCUGGAUAAAUUAUCUUUAAAGUGCAUAAAUCAAGAUGAAGUUUCAAGUUCAGAAGCCAAGGAAAAAAUGUAUGCAGUUCUUGUAUCAACUGGAAGUUUCAAUCCUCCUACAUAUAUGCACUUGCGUUGUUUUGAGCUGGCGAGAGACGCCUUAAAUUCAGAAGAGUUUUGUGUCAUUGGAGGUUACAUGUCACCUGUCAACGAUGCAUACAAGAAAAAGGGCCUUGUCCGCUCUGAACACCGCAUUGCGAUGUGUCGUCUUGCUUGUAAAAGUUCUGAAUUUGUCACGGUGGAUCCAUGGGAGGCAAAUCAGAGCGAGUACCAACGCACAUUAACAGUUUUGUCCAGAGUAAGGACUUCACUGAUUGAGAGUGGAAUAGUAUCAGAUGGGUUCCUUAAAGUCAUGCUUGUUUGUGGUUCUGAUCUACUAGAAUCUUUCAGCAUUCCAGGCUUCUGGAUCCGUGAGCAGGUUGAGACUAUAUGUAAAGAUUAUGGGUUGGUUUGUAUUCGCAGAGGUGGUCAAGACGUUGAGAAAAUCAUAUCUAAGGAUGAUAUUCUGAACAAGCACAAGAGUAAUAUCAAAAUUGUAGAUGAAGUAGUACCAAAUGGGAUCAGUUCAACAGGAUUGAGGGUUUGCUUUUCGAGAGGAUUAUCGGUAAAAUAUUUGACAGCAGACGAUGUUAUUGAUUAUAUCAAGCAACAUGAUUUAUACAGAGCACAGCAUGAACAAUGA